AUGGUCCGCCAUAAGAAAGACAAUUUCUCUCGAGGGGGCAAGAAACCCUCCAAUCCCCGCUCGCGACCGGUGCCCCGCGAUGAUGGAAAUGACAGCGCCGCUUCGUCAAGGCCCGCUUUCAGGGCUGCUUGUUGGGAUAUGGGCCAUUGUGACCCGAAGAGGUGCUCUGGGAAACGUCUUAUGAAACUCGGAUUAAUGCGAGAGCUCCAUAUUGGCCAAAGAUUCCCUGGCGUCAUCGUUUCGCCCAAUGCGAAAAAGGUCAUCUCUCCGGCAGACAAAGAGCUUAUGGAACAACAUGGUGCGGCGGUAGUGGAGUGUUCUUGGGUGCGAGUCAAGGAAGUCCCAUGGUCACGUAUCGGCGGAAAAUGCGAACGACUCUUACCCUACUUGAUCGCAGCAAACACAGUGAACUACGGCAAACCUUGGCGAUUGAACUGCGUCGAGGCGCUGGCAGCCUGCUUCUGCAUUUGUGGACACGAGGAAUGGGCGCAAGAGAUUCUGAAGAAUUUCAGCUACGGACAAGCAUUUUUGGACAUCAACUCUGAGCUUCUGAAGCGCUACGCUUCUUGUAGUACUGAGGAGGAUGUGAAGAGGACAGAAGAAGAAUGGCUCGCCAAAAUUGAGCGAGAAUAUGAGGAGAGCCGUAUCGAAGGGUCUGAAGAUAUCUGGACCAUUGGAAACACAAACCGCCUGCCGGCCAACGAAGGUUCGGACAACGAUGACGAAGACGACGAGGAAGAUGAUAGUGAGGUCGAGGAGAAAGGGGACAGUGAAGAGGAAGAAGAGGAUAAAGACCCCUUUGCUAUUUCCGACGACUCUGAGGAAGAAGCACAAAUGGCCGAAAUCCGGCAAAAAAUCCUCAACUCGAAAUCUUUCCAGAACCCAUCCGCCUCGGACAAGGAACAACCAGAGAAAAUUGCAAAGCCAGAGCCUGCAUAUGUUGACUCGGAUGCGGAGUCUGGCUCAGCCGGUAGCGAAGACGAGGACUUUGAUAACAUUAUCAACGCAACUACCGUCACGGACCGCACUGGGAUUAAAGAGAUUCAGCGCCGGCGAGGGCAAGAGACAGUCAGCGCUUCAUUCUCAAGGACUGAACUCUCUGCGCCAAAGCGAUGGUGA